AUGAACGCAAUUUCUUGUAAUUCUAUUAAUAAAGACCUCUCAUCUUUAGAUGAACAACUUUUGCAUCACAUAACAUCAGAAACAUUUCCUGAAAAUAAUAUAGUUAAUGAUCAAGAUGGAUCAAAAAAACUUUCUAGAGGUGUUUAUUGUAGCAAUUGUGGAAUAUCUUAUACGCCUCUUUGGAGGCGAACAUCUAUGGGACAAUAUGUAUGUAAUGCUUGUGGGCUUUAUUCAAAGACAAAAAAUAUGUCAAGACCUAUUCGUUUAAAGAAAGUUAUGAUUUCAUCUGUUUCUCAUCGUAUGCGUAAAAAAGCAGCUAUUUUAUUAAAAGUAAAUGGCGGAACAUGUACGGGUAAUGGUCAAUGUAAUGGUGCAGGCGGUUCACAAAGUUGUGAUGGAUGUCCUGUUUUCAACAACAGAAUAGCUAAAACAACGAAGUUUGCUGUUUCUGGGUCAGAAAAUGGUGAACAAAAAUCUGACAAUUUUAACUUAACAUUGGACAAUUAUAACAUGCAUGUUGUUACUUGUCAAAACUGUGGUACAGCAACAACUCCUUUAUGGAGAAGGGAUAACUCUGGAAACACUAUAUGUAAUGCAUGUGGUUUAUAUUAUAAACUCCAUUCUGUUCAUAGACCAAUUAGUAUGAAAAAAAAUUCGAUUAAAAGACGAAGAAGAAAUCAUAUACCAACUAAACCAGAUGCAGUUGAUCAAAAUAUUGAGAAUAUUACUUCAUCAUUACUAGAAUUAAGCAACAGACCGUUUGUAACUUUAUCUCAUACUACUACCGGCACUUCAGGAUCUUUAGCAGAAAUGCAAGAUAAAAUUGGAAACAGAAAUCAAAAUAUUUAUGAACCAGACUGUCAAAAAUCCAACCCUUUUUCAUCAUUUAAUUCAAUGGCGUAUUCAAAUAGUACAAUAAAUUCUAAUGAAACCCAUGAAAACGGAAUGUUUUCUAACCUAUUUUUGGAUCAAAAAGUAGGCUGUCAGCAAAAUAAAUGCUUUUCAAAUCCAGUUUAUUCAGUAAACCCCGAUAAGGCAAUGAGUGUACAAUCAGUAUCAAAUUUACCAUAUGAAAAUAAUAGUAAUAUGUUAUCUAAAGCUCGACCAAAUGUCAUAUCUAUAGUAGAAUUGUUGAGCACAGAUUAUCCAUUAGGUGCAAAUAUUAUACCAAUUCCAGAGAAUAUUGGAAAAGAUUCAUUAAAAUACGAAAAAUAUUUAGAGGAUAUAAAAGAAAAUGUCACAAAAUGUGCUGAAAGAUUACAAUUAAUGCUAAUAAAUGCUCAAAGGGUUAUAGAUGAAUGUAAAAGAAAGCUUAUUCAUAUAAAUAAAUAA